AUGAUCGUCACCGACGACGAUGACGAGCUGUUCGAGCUCGCCAUCACCUUCCUCCGCGGCGACAACGAGGACGGACAAGACCGACACGACACGCAGAGCGCUGGUGAUGGCGCCCAUGCCCUGAUGGCCAACUGCCUGCUGCCAGUGAGCUCGGUCAGCAUGGCGGUGCCGGUCACGGACAGCAACAUCGUCUCAUCCUACUAUGCCUUCUCGACGUACAGCAGCUCGAGGAAGUCCGGCAUCAGCGGCGGUGGCAGGAGGAGGCUUGGGCGCGCAGCUGCUGACGGUCGCAAUUCCACUUGGGCGAGGUUUCGCCUCUCGAGCAGGGGAUUCGCAUCCGUGGGGAAUUUUCAGAGAUAG